AUGGGCUCCACUGCAAAGAUCCCGACUCGGAAGCUAGGCGACGACAAUGUUUCUGCCCUUGGCCUUGGUUGUAUGGGAAUGUCGUGGGCGUACAUGCAAGAUGGUAAUUACGACAUCCGCACCAACAUUGACGCUGAAGCUGACUUGAUACAUAUAGGCGGCUUUAAUGAUAAGCAAUCUGCUGAAGUGCUGACCAAAUCUGCUGAUCUCGGCUGCAAUUUUUGGGAUACAUCCGACAUCUAUGGACCUCACACCAAUGAGCAGCUCCUCGGCAAGUGGUUCAAGGACACCGGCCGCAGAAACGAAAUCUUUCUCGCCACAAAAUUCGGCAACUGUCGCGAUGCCCAAGGCAACAUGGCAGUACGUGGCGAUAAGGAGUAUGUCAAGAAAGCAUGUCAUGACAGUCUCGAGCGUCUCGGGACUGACCGUAUCGACCUCUACUAUCAACAUCGGGUCGACAACAAGACUCCAAUCGAGGAGACCGUACAGGCCAUGGUCGACCUAAAGAACGAAGGCAAGAUCAGGUACUUGGGGCUGUCCGAAUGCUCUGCCAAGACUCUCCGUCGAGCAUGUAAAGUCCACCCCAUCGCAGCAGCUCAGAUGGAGUUCUCGCCUUUUGCAUUAGAGAUCGAGUCCGAGCAGACCGAAUUUCUCAAAGCGGCUCGUGAGCUCGGCGUCAAGAUCGUGGCCUACAGCCCUCUUGGUCGUGGAUUCCUGACCGGUACGAUCAAGAGCCGCUCAGACCUCGAUCCUUCCGACACUCGUGCCAACCACCCACGCUUCAGCGAGGAGCACUUCGACGACAAUCUCAAGCUCGUCGAGACCUUGAGCGAGAUCGCAAAGAAGAAGAGUUGCACACCUGGUCAAUUAUCGCUGGCGUGGGUGCUGACUCAAGGAGAUGAUUUCCUGCCCAUACCGGGCACAAAGCGGAUCAAGUACCUGGAGGAGAACCUUGGAGCUCUCGAAGUUCAGCUGAGCAAGGACGACGAGAAGGAGAUUCGGAAGGCGAUCGAGUCGGUAGGAGGAUCGAAGGGAUUAAGGUAUCCGCCCGGUCUGAUUGCCUUCUGCUUUGGAGAUAGUCCACCUGAUGUCUGA